CAGAAGACGGGGGUGGUGCCUGCAGCUACUUAGCCCAAUAGCUUUGGAGCGCGCGGGGUCCCGGGAGUGGGCCGGAGGUGCGGAGGAGCCGGAGCGCGGGAGUUGGCGCAGCGCAGUCAUGGUGGGCCACCUGAGCGAGGGGGCCAUUGCGGCCAUAAUGCAACAGGGAGAUACGUCCGUAAAACCCAUCCUCCAAGUCAUUAACAUCCGUCCCAUUAUUACAGGGAAUAGUCCACCCCGUUAUCGAUUGCUUAUGAGUGAUGGCUUGAACACUCUAUCCUCUUUCAUGUUGGCAACACAGUUGAACCCUCUCGUUGAGAAAGAACAAUUGUCUAGCAACUGUAUUUGCCAGAUUAACCGAUUCAUUGUUAACACCCUGAAAGAUGGAAGGAGAGUAGUUAUUUUGAUGGAGUUAGACAUUUUGAAAUCAGCUGAAGCCGUUGGAUUAAAGAUUGGCAAUCCUGUGCCCUAUAAUGAAGGACACGGGCAGCAGCAGGUAGUUCCUCCCCCUGUCUCAGCGGCCAGUCCACCAGCCAGCAAGCCCCAGCAGCAGAAUGGGAGCUCAGCAAUGGGUUCCACUGCAUCUAAGACUUAUGGGGCCUCAAAGACAUUUGGAAAAGCUGGAGGUACCAGCCUCGGGAAUAGUUCUGGAGGAACACAGGUCAAAGUGGUACCCAUUGCCAGCCUCACCCCUUACCAAUCCAAGUGGACUAUCUGUGCUCGAGUUACCAACAAAAGUCAGAUCCGUACCUGGAGCAAUUCCCGAGGGGAAGGGAAGCUUUUCUCCAUAGAACUAGUUGAUGAAAGUGGUGAAAUCAGAGCUACUGCUUUCAAUGAGCAAGUGGACAAGUUCUUUCCCCUUAUCGACAUGAACAAGGUCUAUUAUAUCUCUAAAGGCAUCCUGAAGAUUGCUAACAAACAGUUCACAGCGGUUAAAAAUGACUACGAGAUGACCUUCAACAAUGAGACUUCCGUCACGCCCUGUGAAGAUGGUCAUCAUUUACCUACAGUUCAGUUUGAUUUCACAGGGAUUGGAGACCUGGAGAACAAGCCUAAGGACUCACUUAUAGACAUAAUUGGGAUCUGCAAGAGCUACGAAGAUGCCACCAAAAUCACAGUGAAGUCUAACAACAGAGAAGUUUCCAAGAGAAAUAUCUACUUGAUGGACAUGUCAGGGAAAGUGGUGACUGCUACUCUGUGGGGAGAGGAUGCUGAUAGAUUCGAUGGUUCUAGACAACCCGUGAUGGCUAUCAAAGGAGCUAGAGUUUCUGAUUUUGGUGGACGGAGCCUUUCUGUACUGUCUUCAAGCACGGUCAUUGUGAAUCCUGACAUCCCAGAGGCCUAUAAGCUUCGUGGAUGGUUCGACUCAGAAGGACAAGCCUUAGAUGGUGUUUCUAUCUCUGAUCUAAAGAGUGGAGGAACAGGAGGGAGCAAUACCAACUGGAAAACUUUGUAUGAGGCUAAAUCAGAGAACCUGGGCCAUGGUGACAAGGCCGACUAUUUCAGCUCUGUGGCGACGGUAGUGUAUCUUCGCAAAGAAAACUGUAUGUAUCAGGCCUGCCCAACUCAGGACUGCAAUAAGAAAGUGAUUGAUCAGCAGAAUGGACUCUACCGCUGUGAGAAGUGCGACAGUGAAUUUCCCAGCUUCAAGUACCGCAUGAUCCUGGCGGUAAAUAUUGCUGAUUUUCAAGAGAAUCAGUGGGUCACUUGUUUCCAGGAGUCUGCAGAGGCCGUCAUUGGACAAAGCACUGCUCAUCUUGGGGAGUUAAAAGAGAAGAAUGAGCAAGCAUUUGAGGAAGUUUUCCAGAAUGCCAACUUCCGAUCUUUCAUAUUCAGAAUCAGAGUGAAACUAGAGACCUACAAUGAUGAAUCUCGAAUUAAGGCCACUGUGAUGGACGUGAAGCCCGUGGACUACAAAGAAUAUGGCAGAAGGCUGAUCAUCAACAUCAGGAGAAACGCGCUCAUGUGAGAAGAAGAGCAGGGCUGAUUGGGCAGAAGUUUGAAAAAGAGCUGAAGUAAAACUGGUUCCUUCUUCCCCCUUCCUUCCGUCCCUUCCCCCAUGACAUUUCCACAUGAGCUGCACGGUGCAGGUGGACAAAGCACUUUCUUCCCUUGGGCGUGUCUUGGAGCCCGUCGGUACCCACUGAUAGAGGCAAAGGGAAACGGACUCCGACAGCUGUGGUGUACACGGCAGCGUCCGUGUGUGGUGUACACGUACAGCGCGGGGCCAGUCACUCCCUCUGUCUUCAGGGUUUUGUCAGUUUUAUUAAGAUUUCAUUAUCUUCAAGCAGGAAUUAUGUCACAAGUAAUUGACCCUAACUCUGCAGACAGUGAAAUAAAUGAUGUAAUGAGGGUUUCUGCCUCUCCCGCGGUGACACCUUCACGACAUGGGUUCCCUCUCAGGAAGGGGAGCCAAGAGGGGGUCAUGUGAAACCCAUACUUCAGUGAGUGUGUCUUUCUGGAAUUCAAAGCCUCUCUCAUUCUAGAGGUGCCACAUAGUUGUUAAUGCUUGGAAUGGCAAUAGGGUAGAAUUAUUAAUCAAAGACCUAUCUUUUAUAUCUGAAGAAUAUCCCUCCUUCAGGGUUUAAUAGACUGAGUCAGAUGGGUCUGAUAUUAAUCAAAAUUGUCUCUUCUGAGGAAAGCUGAUAAGCAUUGACUUGCUGUCCCCCAGGGACAUCCAGGCAACUACAAAGCAUUGCUUUAGUUUUCACUUCAAUUAAUGUUGCAUUUUGAUUGGUGGAUGCGUACUUUUUCUACCUGUACAUAUUUCUUGCAUUUGUAUGUUUCGCUUCUUGACUAAAGCUGUGUUAAAUAGAAGGGAUUUUGAAGGAAGAAGCCCUUUGUUUCCCCUGCUUUGUUUUAAUAAACAGAAUAUUCUCUUCAUGUGAAUCCUACUUUCUUUGAAUGCAAAGGGUUCUUGUAACUGGAAAGCAAUUAAUUAGCCUUCAUAAUAAAUGUUCACUUGGGGGAGAUGUUAACUCAUUACAGACUCAAAGAUCAGUCUGAGGCAUAGAGAUCACUCAUCCUAAUGUUUGCGACCCGAAAAUGCAUCUUUUAAAAGAAUGAAAACCCUGCAAACAAAAAGCCAUUGUGCUCCAGAAUGCUGAUCAUCGGGCAUUUUGGGAUCUUAUUGAUGUUUACACAGCAUUCUAACACCAACCAGGCUCUAAAAUGUGUACAGACAGUGAGCUAGUAAGAAAACAGUAAUUAUGCUACUGGGCCUUUCAGUCAGCAAGAGCAUGCUUGCUCUGUGUGUUCCUAAUCGUAUUAAUUAUCUAUCUGGUUGCCACGACCCACCACUAGGCAUUGGCUGCACAUCUCUCCCUGAGCAUCCAGGCGGUGUCACAGUCCACCUGGCCGGGCAGGUGCGACAUACAGCGGCCCAUCGUGGAGCUGGACAGCGAUGAUGGCCUGGCCAUUUCGUCCUCACCUGUCUUCUGUCCGGAGGCAAGUGGCCAGCCCUAAGCUGGAUGACUUCUGUUCCUCACAACAGACAGUGUCUCUCUCAAGCCUGCCGAUAGUUUGGGCACAUCCCAGCCUCAGACGGUGGUCAUUGGGCUGCACUUGCCUGUGGGGCUGAGGCUUCAACCAUUUUUAUGGAAGCUCUUUUCUGCCUGACCUUGCUUAUCAAGCACUGACUAGAAAAUUAUAGUCUUCGGCACAAAUUCUGGAUUGACAAAUUGUGGGUUGGAAGUGGUAAUCUAGCUUUCAGCCCAGUUACCAGUCUCACAUUCCACUCCUCCCAGCAUUCCCUAUGUUCACGUUCACGUUCACAACGGCUCUCCCUUGUGGGGAGUGAGUUACCCUGACACAUCUCAGGACCACUGGACCCGGCGCCGGGUGUCCUGGGUGACUGACGAAUCCACGGGCCGUUCUGGGGGACGGCGGCUCCCCGGAGAGAGGACAUCUAGCUGAUUUCCCUACUAAAAAUCAGAUCACCAGGAGAGGAGCAUCAGAAAUUGGCUCCACUUAGUUAGGCUUUUAAGAGAUCUAGGUCCCUGAGGAUGGCCUAAAUAGAUUCUGGCCCACAGUUCUUGGAAUUCUCUUGGAUAUGGUUUACCCCAAAAGGCUCUUCAUGUUCUAUUUCUCAUCUUUCACUUUGAGAUCAGUGUUUAUUUUGCGUACACCAUGACAUCAGCGUUAAGCAAUUAGGAAAAAAUCUAAUCAUUUUGCCUUCAUUUAAAUGGUUCUUGGAGUUCCUCCAGUCUUAUUGUGAAAGAGGCAAG